AUUAUCAUCUGCCUGGUGGCAGAAGAUUGAGUGAGCCGUGUGCAAGACCUGCUGGCUCUACGACAGGCAUCUAAGUGGGCGGGUGUGCUCGACACAAAGGUCACUAACUGACGAGAGGAGGGAUAGAAGGAGUGACAGAGAGGUGGACGUCACUGGAAUGCCCGGACGGUGUAACAGAAAGCACACAAUGCCGAACGGCCGAAGAACCGGAGGAACGUUCCUGUGGCUUCUGCACCUGUUCUCCCCAGUGGUGCUGGACUCAUCUAUCCUCGCCAGGAUUGGUGAAGACUCCCUCCUGAGCUGCCACUUCAAUCGACCAUGGUGUUGGAAACAUGGGGGCAUUCAGUGGAGCUUCCAGGGCCCUGCCGGAGUCCUCAUGGCGUACGUCUACCAUAACGGCUCAGUCGCCGCCCAGCACCAAGACAAGCAGUUCCGGGGCAGGGCGACUGUGAAUGUGUCGCUGCUGGGGCAGGGAGACGCGUCGCUGAGGCUGCAGAACGUCACGGCUCACGAUGGGGGCACCUAUCGCUGCGUUGUUCACAACCCAGAGUGGAAAGAGGAGGAAGAGCAGCUCCUCGUCGUUACAGCUCCCUACAGCCAGCCCUGUGUGAACUGCACACCCGUGGGUGGAGGUGGAGCUGAGCUGCAGCUGGACUGUGUGUCCUGGGGGGGCUUCCCCCGGGCAUGUCUGCUGUGGGUCUGGAGCAAUGGUAGCGAAUACAGGGGCGAGGUGCAGGACAGGGCCGUGGCACAGGCGCCCGAUGGCACUUACCAACUACACAGCCGACUGCAAGUCCCCACGUCCUGGCAUCUCGACCUGUACUGUGUGCUCACCAACCCCGGGUUGAACCAAUCUCACAGCAGCUACGCCAACUGCACCCAGCACAUCACCUGGGGCAUCGGGACAAAACCUCACAGCUCAAGGCACUGCCUAAAUGGUAUGUGACAGUACUGCUCGCUGUCCUGCUACCAACCAACCUCAGCAGCCGAUCUGAAUAACUACCCCAUUCCCCUCCCUGUCUCUGUAACCCCCUCCGGCCCUACACCACUCCCUGUCUCUGUAACCCCCUCUGGUCCCUACACCCCUCCCUGUCUCUGUAACCCCCUCCAACCCCUACACCCCUCCCUGUCUCUGUAACCCCCUCUGACCCCUACACCCCUCCCUGUCUCUGUAACCCCCUCUGGCCACUACACCCCUCCCUAUCUCUGUAACCCUCCCCCUCCCCCGCAGCCCCUUCCCCACUGUCACAAGCCUCUUCUACCUACCUACCUUGCCUCUCUCUGACUCCCUCUGCGGCUGUCCAUUCCCUGUCAAUAUCCUCACUCGAUGAAGGCUGUAGACCUGAAACGAUGCUCUCCGUUUCCCCCGACCGCUGAGUUCCUCCAACACUCCGUUUAAUUCUUUAAAGGCAGCACAGAAUAGGUGAUUCCAGUCCUUCGAACAGCAACGGCAGUAAUCCUUUGAUUUAACCCUAGCCCAAUCACGGGAUGAUUUACAAUGACCAGUUACGACCAUAAGACCAUGAGAUAUAGAAGUAGAAUUAGGCCAUUUGGCCCAUCGAGUCUGCUCUGCCAUUUCAUCAUAGAAACAUAGAAAAUAGGUGCAGGAGUAGGCCAUUCGGCCCUUCGAGCCUGCACCGCCAUUUAUUAUGAUCAUGGCUGAUCCUCCAACUCAGAACCCUGCCCCAGCCUUCCCUCCAUACCCCCUGACCCCCGUAGCCACAAGGGCCAUAUCUAACUCCCUCUUAAAUAUAGCCAAUGAACUGGCCUCAACUGUUUCCUGUGGCAGAGAAUUCCACAGAUAUGGCUGAUCCAUAGAGCCAUAGAAACCAUAGAAACUACAGCACAGAAACAGGCCCUUUGGCCCUUCUUGGCUGUGCCGAACCAUUUUCUGCCUAGUCCCACUGACCUGCACACGGACCAUAUCCCUCCAUACACCUCCCAUCCAUGUAUCUGUCCAAUUUAUUCUUAAAUGUUAAAAAAGAACCCGCAUUUACCACC